ACCAUGAAUGAGAAGAAGAGUAAACUAAAGAAUAGUGCUUGUAAAGUAAGCGACGAUCCGCUAAAUUGUCAUUUACCAAAAAUUGACACAUCUGAAACGUAUUUGCUGAAAAUUAAAACAUGGAGUCCGGGCAAACGGUCGCAGUGCUUUGUCACACUAUACCGUCAUACUAAAAGCAAUAUUUCUACGAUUCAACGCAAUUCCAAUUCGCUUCGAACUCGCUUAUCUUGCUCACAUAACUCGCUGACAGAUUCCAUCAAAAAUAAAGCAGACGAUUCCGUGUUCAUAACACAAGCGAUGUCGCACGAUGCUUUAGACGACAACAAAAUUUUAGAUUUUUACAACGUUCCUAUUGAUUCCGACAUCUAUACAACGCCAAUUGACUUAAUCAGGAAUACGUACAAUGCGGAAACGUCUUUUUAUCGAAAUCGGAACGAAGCAUCACAGAGAAACAGUUGGAAUAAUUUGUUAAACUACAGUGAACAGAUAAACUCUAUUCAUGAGCGUAAAAACAAUAAACCCCACAUUAUAUUCGACAGAAAAUCAUCUAAAGUCGUUGAUAAACAUACCAGUGAUAAGUCAGACAGCAAGCGCAAUUCCAUUUCACACGAGAUACGUUCUCAGUGCAAAAAGUCAAACUUUUCAGUAAAUCUUAAGCAAAAGUUUUGUAACAUUUUCCGAGUGAGCCGACAGCAACAUCACAAACCGUUUUUGAGCAAUAAACGUUCGAUAGUGUCCAGUAGAGCUAAGGAUAAUGUCGUGUGCAUUAAGGAUAAAAAUGAGAGCACAAUCGGCAAAAAGAUAAACACUCCUCGGAAGCUGCCACCACUUCCUGCCAAUGAAUCUGAUUUAAGGUACCUAAUGGGCGAUACUAGCGACCAAAAAAGGAAAUCAGGUGAAAGAAAAUCGUCGAUGGACUUUACUGCAAGUAUAGAAAAGGUCCAAGAGUUCGGUUGGUACUGGGGUCCAAUAACUUCGGAAGGUGCUGAAAAAAUACUGUCAAACGAACCGGAUGGUAGCUUUUUAGUUAGAGAUAGCUCUGAUGAUCAUUACAUAUUUUCUCUAACAUUCAAACUAAAUGGCACUGUGCGACACGUUCGAAUAGAUCAAGAUCAAGGAUCAUUUUCAUUCGGAUCAUGUGCUAAGUUUAAAUCACGAACAAUAAUGGAAUUUAUAGAAAACGCCGUUGAACAUUCGAGAAGCGGCAGAUAUUUAUUUUUUCUGCAUAGACGUCCUGAGUACGGCCCCAUGCGUGUUCAAUUAACAAAACCAGUUUCGCGUUUCAAACAUGUGCAAAGUUUGCAACAUAUAUGCAGAUUUGUCAUUCAUAAAACAAUCAAGCGAAAAGAUCUUAUACAAGCUCUUCCAUUACCGAGAAGAGUUUUGGACUAUUUGUGCUACAAAAACUGUCUUUCGGAGCGUACUGAAGUGGAUUUACUAAGCAGCUUGGAAAAACCAAAUAUUAUUCUCCGUUAGAUUGGAAAAUAUUAACAUUUUUUUCCUGAUAGUGGAUAUGAAACAUAAAAUUACAACCAUUAAAAAGAAACUGAAACACACAU